AUGCCAGACCACGCGAGAUAUUUCGAAGAACGCGUGAAACUCUCAAGCUACCGUAUUUUGAGGAAUGUACUGUCACCAUCGUUUUGCGCUGCUCAUUGUCGGUUCUGUAGGGAGGUGUGCAUCACGUACUUCCCUAAAGAGGAAGAGGAACCGGUAUUUGACAACAUUCCGAUGGACCUCCGUCUUGUUGUGGGUCGUUCGCUCAAUGGGUACAUCCAAGAAUGGAUUACUGCUGAGGGCAAUCAACCCAUGAAAGCAGUGCAGUCAUUGCCAUCGUUUCCAGCCAACGCGUCCGUACGUUCCUGGCUUACUGCCUCGGCUCAUUCGAUCAGCGGGCUUUUCAAGCAUCCGGUUCAGAAAAAGGAGGCAAUUCGCCGUUACGCUGUACGAUAUGCUAUCUCUGAUCCGAACUCACUUAGGGUCUUUACCCUACGGGUAGCACUACUACACGCUCCCACCGUCACCGAUGAUGAGCUCCUCGCCGCAAUAGCAAUGGCAAACCUUGGAGCCAUAGAGUGCAUGAUAAGUCUUCGCUCUCCUGGUAAACUCUUACUCAGAUCGCACAAGUCUAUGAGACUCAAAACGCCUCCAUACACGGAGCUAAUCCAUCACGAAGUUCUGGGCAAACCUUUGGGUGACAUAGAAAUGCGGCCAUUCUGGCCCGUUGGCAAGCGGGAUGUUGCCGACACUGAAGCGGUCAUUGACCUUCUCAUAUCGCGGGGAGAGAACAUCAACGAGCAGUGCGGCCCAUUCGGAACAGUGUUGCAUAGCUAUUUCGACAAUGUUGCUGAUAUGGCUUAUAGUCAUCACUAUAACAAUGAUGUGUUCAAUCUACUGAUUGCGGAGGGAGCGGACGUCAACGCUACAGGUCCUUACGGCACCGUUCUCGAGUUUGUAUGGAUGCUCGCUAACACACGUGCGUACGUCUGGAUCAAGUACCGAUAUGGCUAUCAUUUUCAAGCCCUGAUUCGCGAACUCAUCGAGGUGGGAGCCGUCAACAACAGAAAGGAUCCCAAUGGGCUCGUGCCGACAGUUGAACGCAUGAAAAACUUUGCCACAACCGAAGACGCGUGCGCUGAAGACAGGCGAUUCCACAAGCACGGGCCGCAACGCCUUGGUGUGCCAGCCGCUUGAUGGAGCUAUGGAAACAAGGGGGAUCAACUUGACGACCCUGGCUACAAUUUUAGGGGAACUGUUGACGAGAGCGAACGCCCUCCAGGGACUUCAUCUUCUGCAAAGUCACCACCCGGAGCAGCAUGGAUGGAAAUGAUACUCAGAGCUGACCGAGCAGUGUGCGAGGAGACUGUACAGCGCUGCAACCUGGCGACUAUAUGACAGGGUGGU